AUGGUUUUAGUUCAAGAUUUGUUACACCCAACUGCUGCCUCUGAAGCCAGAAAACACAAGUUAAAGACUUUGGUUCAAUCUCCAAGAUCAUACUUUUUGGACGUCAAAUGCCCAGGCUGUUUGAACAUCACCACUGUCUUCUCUCAUGCUCAAACUGCUGUGACUUGUGAAUCAUGUUCCACGGUUCUAUGCACACCAACCGGUGGUAAGGCCAAACUAUCUGAAGGUACCUCUUUCAGAAGAAAGUAA